GACAGACGAAGUCACUGUACAACGACUAAAAUCCGGAUCUGUGGGCCUGCCAAUCAUAGAGGGUAAAAUGUCCCAGAUAUACACCUACCGGCGCGUGUCGCCAUGGAGGCGCCACAGGGCGUUCCUUAGCGUCAUGGACGCCAAACUGGCCAACCUCACCACCGCCAAGUACUUCCCCUACAUCACAAAGCCUGUGCAUCUCUUCAAGAAGGGGCACUACUACGACGUUCUUGCUCUUGGCUCUAAUCUGGAGGCAGCAUCGACCAAGCUGUCAAAGGCCAUCGGUCCUCUGGCGGAAAUCGAAGUGGAAGAACCGGAAACUCCUGAAGCACCAGCCGCCGACCAACCCGAAGUCACGGACACAGUCACGGAUCCUGCACCUCCGGUCGCUGAGGAGGUCACCGAGAAAGAGCCAGAAGUCGUUGCAGCACCGGAGCCUCCUGCAGAACAACCCGUUCCGGAACCCGCAGAAGAAGUCGCUACGGACCCAGAAACCUUUGCUAAGGAAGAGGAAGCAGUUGAUGAGGAACCUGAAGUUGUUGCUGAAGAACCCACACCAGUCGCCGAGAAGCCGGAACCGGCUGUGGAAGAGCCUGGGCCGGCUGUGGAAGAGCCUGAGCAGGUUGCUACGGCACCAGAACCUGUUGCUAAGGAACCCAAACCGGAGCCUACACCGGCAGAACCUGCACCUGAGCCCGCUCCUGCUGCAGAUGUGCCGGCACCAGCAGCUGAACCAGAGGCAGCAAAACCUGCUAUAGAGGAGACAAAACCAGAGCCGGAGGCAGCAGCGGCGGAACCUCCGGCACCAGAAUCGGCACCAGAAGCUCCGGCACCAGAAGCGGCAUCUUCCGCACCGGAGGCUACAGCGGCAGAGUCAGUGCCAGCACCGGAAACUCCUGAGGCAGAUCCAGCACCAGCCGCACCGGAAACCCCGGUACCGGAACCUGCAUCAGAGGCCCCAGAAGCAGCACCCGCACCAGAAGUGGCAGCACCGGAAGCUCCUGCAGCAGAGCCAGCACCGGAAGUGGCAGCUCCGGAAGCUCCUGCAGCAGAGCCAGUACCGGAAGUCCCAACAGCAGAACCAGUGGCAGCAGCGGAGGUGGCAGCACCGGAAGCACCAGCACCGGAGGUGGCAGCACCGGAAGCACCAGCACCGGAAGCUGCAGCACCGGAAGCUGCAGCACCGGAAACUCCGGUAGCAGAGCCAGUGCCAGAACCGGAAGCGCAAGCACCGGAAGGAGAACCGGCACCGGAAGCCCCAGCACCAGAACCGGAAGCUCCGGCAGCAGAAGCCCCAGCACCGGAACCUCCGGCACCGGAAGUGUUAACACCAGAAGCACCAGCAGCAGAACCAGCGGCACCGGAAGCAUCAGCACCGAAAGCCGCAGCACCGGAAGCGCCAGCACCGGAAGCAGAACCGGCACCGGAAGUUCCAGCAGCAGAACCAGAAGCCCCAGCAGCAGAACCAGAGGCGGCACCGGAAGCGGCAGCAGAACCAGAGACGGCACCGGAAGCUCCAGCACCAGCAGAAUCACCUGCACCGGAAGCCCCGGCAGAAACCGCAACAGAAGAGAAGCCGGCGCCACCGGUGGCCGAAGAAAAGCCGGCACCAAAACCAGCUGCACCAGCGAAGAAGCCAACGACCACAACCGAUGCCCCGUCCGCGAAGGCAGAACCACUGUGGAAGCAGCAACUCAGGCUCAAGAAAGCCAAAGCAAAGGAAGGAGAGGCCGCAAAGCAGGGUGCGCCAGCACCGGAUUCAGCGAUCAGCAACGCUGCGUAAUUAAGGACUGUCGUUUUGUAUAUAUAUAUAUAAUCUAUCUAGUUUUCGCUUAUGAAGCGGUAUAAUUACAAACUCCCUGAGGAAUGUACAACUGUCGACCAAAGUGAUAUGAAGUCGUGCUUGAAGAAACGGCAACUUCGCUUAUAUAAACGGCACACAGUCAGGGUGACGUCUAUAAAAUGCAUAACAAGAAAAAUUUUAACAAGUAUGUGAUGAAUUCACAUGAUAAUAGGUAUAAUAGGUAUUGCCAAUGGAAGAGUUAUCUUAGGUCUAUUAUAUAAAGAUCUACUGUAUGUAUCAAUGACUUUAUCGAACAUGCACGUGCUCAGCAAACAAAGCAGCAAGGAGAA